AAGGGGCGGUACCGAUGUGCUACACUACAAGCAAGAGCGAACGGAGAACCGGAGGAUGGAGGAGCAGACGAACCGCAGCUGCACGCGGAAGAAGAUAUGAUGUUUUAGGAGCAGUGCCGGCUCGGUGAGGCUGAACUUGUCGUUUUGGCCACUUUUGGUCCUCAAAUAGAAAGAUGGCGCCGUCGGGCUCGCGUAGCGUUGACUGCUGGAGAGUUUUAUACUGGAUCCCGGUGCUGUUCAUCAGUCUGAUCGUGGCAUGGUCCUACUACGCUUAUGUAGUGCAGCUCUGCAUAGAAACUAUUGAAAACACGGGAGAGAAAAUAGUUUACCUCCUGGUAUAUCAUGUGCUUUUCAUCAUGUUUGUGUGGUCGUACUGGCAAACCAUCUUCACAAAAUCUAUGAACCCGCUCAAAGAGUUCCACCUGUCACAUUCUGACAAAGAGCUAUUAGAGCGUGAAGAUCGGAGAGAAUCUCAACAGGAGAUCUUGAGGAGAAUUGCUAAGGAUUUGCCCAUUUACACACGCACAAUUUGGGGAGCUAUCCGCUACUGUGAUUGCUGUCUGCUGCUGAAGCCUGAUCGAUGUCAUCAUUGCUCUGCCUGUGAUAUGUGCAUUUUAAAGAUGGAUCACCAUUGUCCGUGGGUAAACAAUUGUGUGGGUUUCGCCAACUACAAGUUUUUCAUGCUGUUCCUAGCAUAUUCUUUGUUGUAUUGCCUCUUCGUCACUGCCACAGACUUCCAGUAUUUCAUUCAGUUCUGGACUAAUGGUCUGCCUGAUACCCAAGCCAAGUUUCACAUCAUGUUCCUGUUUUUCGCUGCCUCCAUGUUCUCAGUGAGCCUAGCGUUUUUGUUUGCUUAUCACUGCUGGCUUGUCUGCAAGAACAGAUCCACCUUGGAGGCUUUCAGAGCUCCUGCAUUCCAGCAUGGACCAGACAAGAAUGCCUUCAGUUUAGGAACAAGCAAGAACUUUCGGCAAGUGUUUGGAGAUGAAAAGAAAUACUGGCUGCUGCCGAUUUUUUCAAGUCUGGGCGACGGCUGUUUAUUCCCCACAUGUCUAGUGAACGCAGACCCUGAACAACCCUCCUCACCUUCUGGACGCAGCCCUUCAAUCAAAAGUGCUGGAGAAUCCCAUCAGUUUCCGCCUAAACCUCUGAGAGAGUCUCAGAGCCGACUGCUGAGCAGCGGACAGUCAGAGGGAAGUGAAGACCGAGACACGCUAGGUACAAGCAACCCAGCCUUGACUAUUGAGAAGGAAACUUAGGAGCGUGUUAAUGAAACUGGAGUUUUUGUGCUAGUGAUGUCUGUUGUCAGUGGAACAGAAAGGAUGUCUCCGCUGCUCUUGCACAGACUUGCAUUGCCCAUCUACUCUCUACCUGUGAUUCUUCACAAGAGCUGACAGUGCAGGAUUAUGGUGUGUACUGUACAUACAUGAGGGACCACUGAGUCUCUUGUCGUUCCUUGCAAACUGUAUGGCUAUCUUAAUGUGCUUAAAAAAGCCCACAAUUGUGGCUGAACAUUUGAAAACAUUACCAUGGUUCCUGCAAGACCCGCAUUUUUAAAAAUGUAGAAGUUUGUAAGGUAAAUGCCUUGAAAUCUAGCUUGCGUGGUGUAGGCAGUGCUGAAGAAGGUGUUUUGUUAGUCUGCGAAACGUGAAGUAUUUAUGCAUGCUGUGUGAUGGUGUUACGUAGUCGUGUUUCAUGUUUGAAAUGUGAACACUGAAAAGCCCAAGUGCUUUUGCACUACACUAGAACACAUUUGACCUGUUUUUGAUCCUGCAUUGUUGAAAUGCAGCAGCAUCCCUUAUUUUAUUAAUUACUAUACAGAUGCAUUUGCACAUCAUGACUAUAAUCUGUUUUAUUUGACAGUGUCAAUGAGGAUCUUGUCCAUCACUCUUAAGUCUGGAUUCCAGCUGUCAUGAAUUAUGCAAAGGUCUUAUACAAGCAAAAUGUAGCAAAUAUUUUAGGCCAUUUUUAGCGCUGGAUAUUCAGACAAAAACACUGUUUAACCUGACAAGCACAGGGAAGACAAAAAUACUAUAUAUGCACUU